AUGGCGAUAGACUCGAGUGGACGGGGGUUUACGCUAACUUUAUUCGUCUUUUCUUGCGUUUUUGCGGGCAGGCAGGCCGAGGAGGCGGCGGCGGAGUCGAGACUCGCCCCCCGGAUACUCGGCAUGAGGCUGGAGAGGAGCGACACGCCGGCCGGGACCACCGAGAAAGGGGUUAUUCAGGUGACCGAGGGCAGCGACAUCCUCUUCAGGUUCUACGGGCUCCACUUGCGCCCAAACAGCUCGAAGCUCAUCCAGUUUAUGGAACUUUACUCCAGCGAGAAAGAGGAUGAUACUUUCGGCGCGGUUACGACCAACUUGAGCAGGACUUGUCUCGAACGCACGAAGGAAAUAGAAGUAAGGGGGUCCAUGGAGGUGACCAACCAAAACACCUCCGGGGUGGUCAGCCUCCGGAUCAAGGAGCUCCGCAAGAGAGAGGCGGUGAAGGUGUUCGGCUUGUGCGUCCUUGACAUCCACGCGAAGGAGGAGACGUGGUACCUGCUGGACGAUAAGGACGGCAGAGUGCGCGUGGUGGAGGUGGCGAAGUCUCUGCUUCCCAUCUGGCUGCAGGUGAUCCUCAUCGCCUUCCUGCUGGUGCUGUCCGGCAUGUUCAGCGGGCUCAACCUGGGGCUGAUGGCGCUGGACCCCAUGGAGCUCCGCAUAGUGCAGAGCUGCGGCACCGAGAAGGAGAAGAAAUACGCACGGAAGAUCGAGCCCAUACGCAGAAAGGGUAACUAUUUGUUGUGCUCGCUGCUGCUCGGAAACGUCCUGGUGAACACCACGCUCACCAUCCUCCUGGACGACCUCACCAAAUCCGGGGUGGGCGCUGUGGUCGCCUCCACAGUCGGGAUCGUGAUUUUUGGCGAGAUUGUGCCGCAGGCGCUGUGCUCCCGGCACGGGCUGGCAGUCGGGGCGAACACCAUCCUUGUCACCAAGUUGUUCAUGCUGCUAACUUUCCCGCUGUCGUGGCCCAUCAGCAAGAUCCUGGACUGCGUCCUGGGUCAGGAGAUCGGCACCGUGUACAACCGGGAGAAGCUGGUGGAGAUGCUGAAAGUCACCGAGCCGUACAACGACCUGGUGAAAGAGGAGCUCAACAUGAUCCAGGGCGCGCUGGAGCUCAGGACCAAAACAGUGGAGGAUGUCAUGACGCCCAUCAGCAACUGUUUCAUGAUCCACAGCGACGCCGUGCUGGACUUUAACACCAUGUCCGAGAUCAUGGAGAGCGGGUACACGAGGAUACCUGUGUACGAGCAAGAGAGGUCCAACAUCGUGGACAUCCUGUUUGUUAAGGAUCUGGCCUUUGUGGAUCCGGACGACUGCACCACCCUCAAGACCAUCACCAAGUUCUACAACCAUCCCGUGCACUUCGUGUUCCACGACACCAAGCUGGACUCCAUGCUGGAGGAGUUUAAGAAAGGUUUGUGGAAAUUUCGUGAUGUAAGGAAGUUAAAAACACAUUUUAGUAAGUAUUAUCAGGAAAACGUAUUUCAAGUAUUAAAAGUACCCAAAU